AUGCGGUUUGGUAGAAAGGGUAAGCUUAGUCCUCAUUUCAUUGGCCCUUAUGAGAUUGUUAAGAGAAUUGGGAAGGUGGCUUGUGAGUUGAAGUUACCAUCUGAGAUGGCCAUGGUGUAUUCUGUGUUUCACAUUUUGAUGUUGAAGUUGUAUAAACUUGAUCCUUCUCAUGACUUGACUCAUGAAGAGAUUGAAAUCAAUGAAGGGUUGUCUUAUGAAGAAGAACUGGUGCAUAUCUUGGAUCGACAAGUUAGGAGGUUGAGAAUAAAAGAUGUAGCUUCAGUUAAAGUGCUGUGGCGAAACCAUAAUACCAAAGAAACGACUUGGGAAGCAAAGAAGGACAUGAAGAACAGAUACCCUCACUUGUUCCCUAUUCCAGGUGUGUGCUGA